AGCUCCUCAGACAAGGAUGUCAUCCUGAAUAUUCUUAGUGUCCUCACUGACCUGCUCUCUCGGGGGACUGGCCGGAGGAUUCAUUACGUGAUCAGCAAAGGAGGCAGCGAGGCACUGCUGCAGGCUCUUGCCGCUGCUGCCCAGAUCGAGCCUCCUGACCACAGCACCCUCCUGCCCCUGCUUCGCCUGCUGGCCAGGGUUGGCCAACAAGAUAGGAAGUUUGGGCUGAAAGUGCAGAAGUUAGAAGCAACUGACACAAUACUGAGCUUGACAAGAAGAAACCUGGGCCACCACCUGCACCUCACCCACUGCCUCUGGGUCCUGCGGGUUUGUGCUUCUAACGUUACCACAGGAACUACACUUGGCAUCAAUGGAGCCAUGGAGCUGAUUUUCAAAGUCAUCACCCCCUACAGCAAGAGAUACGUCAGGACAGUCAGGGCAGCCAUUGAGGCUCUGGCAGCUUUGCUGAAAUCAAAGUCUAACAGCCGACGGGCAGUGAACAGAGGCUACCUGGGUGGAUUGCUGAGGCUCUAUCAAGACUGGCAUCACAACGAUGUCUCCAACAACUACAUUUAUAUUCGUAGGGGUCUCCUGCUCUGCCUAAAGCACAUCACCAACAUCCAGCUGGGCAGGGAGACUUUCCUUGGUUCCCGGGGUAUGGAGAUUCUCUUCACAAGUGUAGAGGACUGUUUAUCUUGCAGAAAUCUGGAUCCUAUCAUAACCACUGUGACUCAGAUUCUGAGGAAGUGUCACCCGAAGGAGCCUCUACCUGUUGCGACAGUAAGAAGUUCCUAUUCCUUCCCUCUUCCUGGGAACGCCAAGGUUGAACGUCCAUGUGAGGGAUCUGAAGGUGACUAUGAAAGUGAUGGAGAGGAAGAGCCUGAAAAAGACCUAGAUAAUGAGGAGAGUAAGGAGGAAGAUUAUGAUUUGGAGACAGAUGUGAACAAAUUAAGGUCAAGGCCAGUGCUUGACUGGCCAGAGGAAGAGCUUGGACAAUAUGAAGCAAUGUGUCCGGAACUUUCCCAUAAUUUUCAGGAGCUUGAAUCAGAAUCUGAGGAAGAGAAGAGCUUGGAGGACAGGACUGAGAGUUUUCCCUCUACUCCCUCUCAUUUCAUUCCAAGUGCUACUUCUGUGAAACAUCCAAACUACAGAUGGAGAAACCAAAGUGUCACAGAGAUGGGACCAGAGCCAGGGGAAAAGGAUUUCAAAGUGCCACUGCAGAGCUGGACAAAGAAGGAGAAAAGCAGAUGGGAUCCAACUGAUGAAAAGAGAGACAUUGCAGAAACAUCCCAAGAUGCAGACUCCUGUGAAGAGGAAGAUCCAGCCAGGAGUCACGCGCUUACUUUGCAUCCUCUCCCAAUAGAGGCUGCUUGGUACAAAAAAAUAUUUUACCCUGAACGUGAGGCCUCGAUCAAUCCUAGUCCUGGAGGGAGGCUGGAGAGCUCAGACAUGGUGAUAAAUCUUCUGGAGAAACACCAAGGGGAUAUCCCAUUCCACAGCCCUCGCUUCUACGUAGCUAGGGCCAAAUGUGUUAAGUCCAUAUCAGACUACAAAGACUUGGCUUUCCCUGAUUUCUGGGGACACCAGCCACCUCUUUCCAGCAAGCCCUUGUUGGAGCGCAAGGAUGGGGUUCAAAGGGAGAAAGUACUAGAUGACGUUCGCCGCUUAAUCCAGCCUGGUGAUGUGUUAAGCAGAACUGUUUUUGAUUUAGAUGAGCCCAGUCACUCAAGCCCAGGCGCCCCAGGCUGUCUGACAUUCUUCUCCAAGUUUGAAUCGGGAAACCUUCGCAAAGCCAUCCAAGUGCGUGAGUUUGAGUAUGACUUAAUUAUGAAUGCAGAUGUGAACAGCAACCAGCAUCACCAGUGGUUCUACUUUGAAGUCCGUGACAUGAAAUUAGAAGUUGCCUAUCGCUUCAACAUUAUCAACUGUGAGAAGUUCAAUAGCCAAUUUAAUUAUGGCAUGCAGCUGGUCAUGUAUUCAGUGAAGGAAGCUCUCCAGGGCAGGCCUUGCUGGCUUCGGGCAGGCUAUGAUAUCUGCUACUACAAAAACCACUACCGCUGCAGUGCAGCUGCAGGAGGCACGAGAGGAAAAUGCUACUACACACUCACCUUCAGCAUCAAGUUCCCUCACAAAGAUGAUGUCUGCUAUCUGGCCUACCAUUACCCCUACACUUAUUCCACAAUGAUGUCCCAUCUUGAUAUUCUGGAACAAAACAGGAACCCCAAGAAGGUUUACUGGAGGCAGCAGACACUCUGCCAGACGCUAGGAGGAAAUCUUUGCCCGUUGCUCACGAUCACUGCCAUGCCAGAAUCUAAAAAAAGAGACGACUUGGAGCAAUUCUGCAGUCGUCCUUAUGUAUUUCUAAUGGCCCGUGUUCACCCCGGUGAAAGCAAUGCCAGUUGGGUAAUGAAGGGGACCCUGGAGUUCCUUGUGAGCAGUGAUCCCAUUGCUGAUCUCCUGCGGAAAUGUUUCAUUUUCAAGAUUAUCCCCAUGCUUAACCCUGAUGGAGUCAUCAAUGGCAACCACCGUUGUUCGUUGAGUGGGGAUGAUCUGAACAGACAGUGGUUGACACCCAAUUCCCAGCUCCAUCCAACUAUUUACCACGCCAAAGGUCUUCUCUAUUACCUGCACAGCACUGGCCGGGCUCCUCUGGUAUUCUGUGACUACCACGGACACUCCCAGAAAAAGAACGUGUUUCUUUAUGGCUGCAGCAUCAAGGAAACCUUGUGGCAAGCAGGCUGCACAGUUGACACAACAGUUAUCACAGAAGAUGUUGGCUACAGGUUCCUGCCUAAAAUCCUGGAUAAAGUGGCCCCUGCGUUUGUCAUGAACAGCUGCAGCUUCCUGGUGGAGAAGUCCCGGGAGUCAACAGCCCGGGUGGUGGUAUGGAGGGAAAUGGGUGUGUUGAGAAGCUACACUAUGGAGAGCACGUACUGCGGCUGCAGCCACGGACUCUACAAA